AUGGCCUCACAGGGCAGGCAUAGCGUCCCUCUCUGCCUGCGAGGUUUUCACGUCGACAACGACCCGGCUGAUGCUGGCCGGCAAUGGACAGUCAUCCUGUACUUGUCAGGAGAUGGCAGCCUAGGCGCACAUGCCGAAGGUGCCACGAUCUUCCCGGAUGGCUGGUGCCGGAGACUUGCUGAAUUCUGCUCUGUCCGAAAGUAUCUCGGGGCUUCCACUUCUUCGAGUUUAGGCAGGAAAAGAGGACUUCGAACCAAGACUGAGAAAGGGAUCCAUGCAAGGCUUGCUUUCGGGAUUUCCGGGUAG